UUUGUUUCCUUGUAGAAACCAUCCACAGGUGUGAGUCGCAGUCUGGAGAGUCGCAGCCUUCUGCACAGGGCUUGUUUAGGUGAACGCGAUGGGGAAAAUAGAGUGGGCGAUGUGGGCCAACGAGCAGGCUCUGGCCUCGGGACUCAUUCUCCUCACUGGGGGCAUUGUGGGGGUGGCGGGGCAGUUCAGAGGCUGGCAGUUUGCUGCUUAUGCAGUUGCUGCUGGGGUGUUUGUGUGUCUGCUUGAGUAUCCCAGAAGCAAGAGGUCUAAGGGCACCAGUGUGGAGAGAUCGGGCCAGUACUGCUUCACUGUGUGUGUAAAAGCCUUCGGGCCGCUGACAAGGAACUACUAUUUCAGAGCGUUUUUACAUGCUGCAAUCUGUGUACCUGGAGGUUUUAUGCUUGCUACUGUCCUUGGAUGUGUCUGCCUCGGUAUUGCCAGCCUCAUCUACCUUGUGGCAGCUAUCCGAGGUGAGCAUUGGGAACCUAUUCUUCCAGUGAAGGAGUUCCGAAAGCCAGUGGCAGACAGCAUCAAGAAUCCUCCUCAGAAUCCACCACCAAGACCUCCUGCAGAUAUGCGCAGGAAACAGGCAGACCUGGAGAGAGCAGCCUAUGACAACCCCUUCUCUGUCACUGCCAACGAGUAACCGGUCCAGUGCCCCAUCCUCUGUGUGCCCUCCACCAUCUGCCUGAGAUCCCAGUUCAAUUAAAUCCAUCAAAACCAGUGACAGUGGGGCGGCACCAGAUUCUGUGAUUCUGGACAAGUGAAUAAUUUAAUAAUGCUUGUGACUGGACUACAUGUCGGGUUCGCACUUUCUUACCUCAACCCACAGAGAAAUAUCUUGAAAACAGAGAAAAAAUGUUUCGUAGCAAGAACUGGAAGGAGGCAGGGUAAAGUGAGUGUCAAAUUCCACUUAUGAACAAAAAAACAUGCCAGAGGGGUUUCAUGUAAAUGCUAUAGCUGCUAAGUGGAAAUCACAUAUAGAUAUUGUCAAGUCAAAAGGCUGUGGGUGAUGUUGGUAUUUUUACUGCUGUUAGAAAUGUAAAGGUGUUAAAAAAUGUAAAACCAGUACUUGUCUUCUGCGCUGACUGCCAUAUGUUUUCAGCUGUGUUGCAUUCACUGUAUUGUGUUGCCAUGCAUAGAUAUUACCAUAUAUUUUGUUGUACUUACACUCUGUGUAUCUCUUUAAGUCAACUGAUCAAAAUACUGUAGGACUACAUAGCACAGUUUGCCAGGAUUAAAUUGACAUAUUGGCACAUAUGUAUGUGGCUGAUAUCCAUUGUUCUGUACUUUGAUGUCUUGUAAAUAAAUCCCUUGUUCCCCCUCAA